AUGACACUAAUUUGUGUACCCAGGCUAGCUAUUUUUAUAAUUCUAAUUGGCUUUACACUGUUCGGGACGACAGUUGCUCAGGAGGAGAAGGGAGCAACAGAAGUGCUUGCUCAAUCAAACCUAGACUCCAAUUUAGAUGAUACAUCACUGUUUCGUGGAGUAGAAAAUGCCAUUGACGAGGAUUCAGAAGGUGAUGAUGCUUACCGAAUAUUCAAAAGUUUACAAGAUGUGACAGAAGAAGACUUUACUGAAGAAGAAGACGACCCAAUCGAUCACAGUAGCAGUAAAGAAAUCAAGGAAAGAAUCCAGCCUGAAGAAGAAGACCAGGAUGAUAUCGUAGAGGAAGACCCUGAAGAAAUAAAUGACCCAGAGGAAGAACAAGAAGAAGAAGAGGAAGAGGAAGAGGAUGAUGACUUUUCAGCGGAUUCGUUCCCUGACUUUAAAAAUAUAGCUGCUACUGAAUUCUUUGAACAUCUUCCUCAGCAGAUCAGUAGCCCUGAAGAAGAAGAAGAAAAAGAAAUGAUUGAAGAAGAAAUUGUAGAUAAUAAUAAUAAUAACGAAGAAGAAUAUGAUGAUCUUGUAGAUAAUAGCAACAAUAAUAACAACAACAAUAACAACAAUAACAACAUUAAUAAUAAUAUACCAGUACCAGUCAUUGAAAAUAACGAGAUACCUUGGCACAAACCCGAUACUGUGAAUAACGCACAUGUCGAUGAUUCAUUUUAUCAAGAUUAUAACAAUUACUCAAGGGAGAAUCAAAAAUCCAACAGCAGUUUUAGACACUGGCAUGGGCUAUUAAUUCUCGUGAUUUUGGUGAUCAUUUAUAAAUCCCUCAGCAAAAGCAAGGCACAUCAUAUAUUGGAUUCCAACAAUUCUUCUCCGUGGAAUGAAACAGACUAUUUACCUGUAAGUAUUUCGCACGCUUACCCUUUUUAA